UACGCGGCGCUGGGGAUUCGAACCGCCGAACGUUCUGAUGGACAAGCCCAGCGUCUUAGCCCCUGAGCCGCAUUGCGUCCUCACAAUAUAUAGAAGCAAGACUCAUCCUUACCACCCAAAGAGCGCAGAAAGUCCUCAACUUACAACAUCCCCUUUAGUGGACCGUUCAAAAUGACAACAGCGCAGGGGAAAAAAAAUUGUGAAGGAGCUGCCCCCGGGGGCUCUGGGAAUGAUGCUGGAAGUAGAAUCCAGGGCCAAAGGAAGAGAUACCACAAGAAAGAAGCACAUGUUGAAAAAGGUCGAAUGCAUUGAUGAAAAUCAGGCGAACAACGCUCUACAAGAGGUAAUGGAGCUGUUGAAAUUAAAGCAUAAGAAUAUUUGUGCUUACACAGAAUUUUUUAUCAUUUGGGACAAUAAGAUUUCUUCUCUCUUCCUUUGUCUGGUGAUGAACCAUUCCCAUCACGAGGAUCUCUCCUCGCUUAUCAAGGCCAAGAGGCUGAGACACGAGGGAUUUCCGAACAAGGUCAUUCGGAUAUUCAUAGGACAGAUGGUGGAUGUGUUAGUUUACAUCCAUCGGCUAAAUAUUUUCCACCGGAAUCUCAAGCCAUCGAACGUCCUUUCCACUGGUGAAGCCUCCUUCAUGGUUUGCGACUUCGGCUCGGAAACCCUCAUGACGGAUGAGAUGAAAUGGAGAAUAAGGGCUGAAGAAGAGCCCGACUCUAAAUGCUGGAUGGCUCCAGAGGCGGCCAAUUUUUCUUUUAGUGACAAAUCCGACAUUUGGUCGUUGGGCUCCAUGUUGCUGGAGAUGAUAGCCUGCUCUUACUCAAAGGUGAAGGAACCCACGUUGUUGCUGCACAACAUUAAGAAGGAGGCCAGAGCUCUUGAGGAAGCUGUGAGUGGUAUGAGCCAGCUGCACCCCUUGCUGUCUUCCGUCCUCUUUCUGAUGCUGAAGAUUGAUCCUUCUGUGCGGUCAACUGCAGAGGAACUGGUGGAAAACCCAUUUAUCCGAGAAUGCCUUGUUGAAGCGAAAUCUCCUCUAAUAAAGGUGACAAAGAAAUUCCCCGGGUUUCCUGGACAUAAUUCAGACUGAUAGGAUCCAGACAAUUCUAGAAUUCAUGAUGUCUUACCCGGAAGCCGAAGAAGCCCAAGAAAAGGCUAUCGAACGGCUCCAAAGCCUGUUGAACGAGGGAAAAGUUGGUGUCAAGGUGUUCCUUCACCUGGUGGAGCCGGUGAUCGACGCCAUGAAUAACACAACGAUUCUGUUGAGACGCUGCUGGCUGGGUUUUCGUUGCUGCUCGGAAUCGCUGGGC